AGCUCUAAGCCAGUUAUUAAUAACAGACCAGUGAGCCUCCUGAUCCACCAAGACCAUAUGGUGUUUUUCAUAAAAGAGAGAGAUCAUUCCCUUGACUUUGGACUUCGCUUAUUGAACCCCUGGACAAUGGAAUCUCCCUCUGUCGCCCAGGCUGGAGUGCAGUGGCACCAUCUCGGCUUACCGCAACCUCCGCCUCCUGGGUUCAGACAAUACUGCUGCCUUGGCCUCCUGAGUAGCUGGGAUUACAGGAAUCAAGGUUGCUAAGAGACCACCUGUGCUGAAUGCACUUUGUUCUGGCAAGAGCAGAAAACUGAGAAGCCGUGUUACCUACCACUACCUGGGAUUAAUUCAGGGAGCGGGAGAAUUCUGGAUAUGACUGGUAAAAACUGGAUAUUAAUUUCUACUACUAUUCCCAAAAGUCUAGAAGAUGAAAUUGUGGGAAGACUUCUAAAAAUUUUGUUUGUUAUCUUUGUUGACUUAAUUUCUAUUAUAUAUGUUGUGAUAACUUCUUAGAAAGCUGACUUCCUUUCCAUGUACAUUUCAAACUGAAUUACAGUGAAUAAAAAUUUGUAUUUUAA